CCCAUAGCAUUCACCACAUUUGACGGUAAUCGUAAACUCCCCUUUCGCUGGGUUUCUGGAACGCCAGUUUACGUGACGAUUAAGUUAGGAGUAUUUUAUCACAGAGACAACAAUGCGUUUAACGGAACACAGCAUGAGCUCGUCGAUAAAGACGUGAUCCUAUUUGGUAGGCAAGAAAAGGAUAAGAAUGAGGUUCGACAAUUUACCCUCGACUUCGAAAUAGCUUCUGCGUUUACUCCACUGCUUCUUGUAUAUGCCCAGCUCUCGGAUUGCCAAAGCUCACAUUACUUUCAAUACCUCGUAAAAAAUCCAACAGCAGAACAACAGUUAACUUCUCAACCGGUUCUAAUGCAAAGCCCUCGAGAUAUAUCCAUAACACUCUUAGAUACCCAAGGCCUACAUACCCCUCUCCCAUUCCUACUCCUCUCGGUAUUUCUAGGGAGUCUGUACUUAGUACUAUUUAUUGCAUUUCUUAUGCUAUACAUAUGUAAACCCAAGCGUCGCCAGUUUAUAGUACCGGCGUUGCUUUUUCAAGGCUCGGCGCCUCAGAAUUCCCGUGCUUCCUCACUCUCCUCUGCCUAUAUAGAAGUAACGAAAUCAUCUACUUCCGCUUUGAUGGUAGACAAUAGUCCCUAUUCCUCCCCAGCUCGAGAAAAUGCAACUGGAAUUGUUCACUCUUCUCGGCGUCAUCCCGCUACAGAUAGCAUUCCAACCUCACGAAAAAUUCUUAUUUUCCUCUAUGUUUGCUUUCGUGCUUUUACAAUAUUCCUCUUUACAUUCAGUGUGGGACUCUCAGUCCUCCUGAGUAUUGAAUCCGAUUCGUUUAAAACUUUGAUCUCUUGCGUCCAAAAUGCCAAGGGUGACAGGAUUAGGGAAUUAGCUAGCCAGGAGGCAAUAAGGAGGACGUUUCCUGGGCAAAGUGCUAGAAGAGCUGCCUCGCCUUGGUUACAGGAACUUCGACAAAUUGAGAAGGUCUCCGACAUGGAACUCUCCCGGCAGACAGCCUACUUCAUUCAACAAAUCUCAACUUGUGAAAUGCAGGAGCUUCGGGCGUCCGGUGAAAUUGGACUCACAAUGGCGGAAGUUACAAAUUUGGUAGCUGUGCGAUCUGGUAUAAACAUAUCGGGAAAUCGGUUGUCUCCCAAUGAUCCACAGAAUUUUAUUCACUACAUGACUAUUGUCAACUCUACUUGGGACUGCUUAGAAACAGAAUAUUGGGGACCUUAUAAUAUUUCCAUUCAACGGUAUAUGGAUGAUGUGAGUUAG